CUAAUUUAAAAAAAAAAGAGAGCAGAGAAAAAAAGAUUGAAUGAAAAUAUAAUCUUAUAUAAACAUAAAAUUAGACGACAACAGUAUGAUGAAUAUAAUACAUUUUUUAACCUCAAACAGUUCAAUAUAGAUUAUAUUCAAUUCUCUAAAAAUUUUCCUAAAAUUAUUCUUCAUAUGAAAAUACUUGGGAAAAAUAAAUUAGUUAAGAAUAAUGUAAUGAAGACAUUUUCCAAAAAGAAAUGGUUGAAUCUUAGUCAGGAAAUUAAAGAAAACCAUUCAUUUGUAAAUUGUUUAGAAUGCAGAAAUGAUUUGAUAUUGAAAAAAUCUUUGGGUUUGUACCCUAUUAAAGGAUUGAUACAAAAAUUCAAAGCAAAAAAAGGUGGAUUAUUAAAAAAGACCAUCGGUUUUAGAAAUAAAAUAAUAAACAAGAAUGAUCAACAGUAUUUAAUAAACAAAAGCAAAACUUUUUCGAACAAUGCUAAAGUACAAAAAGGAAACAGUUUAUUUGUAAAUAUCUCAAAACAAAAGUUGGUAUUAUCUGUAAAAAAAGACAUUGAAAAACAACUUCUAGAGACAAGCGUAGAAAGAUCGUUUGCUGUACCUGUGUCAUUAAGGAAGCGUAGUAAAUUAAGAUUACUCGGAGGUUUUGAGUCAAAAUCAAAUGCAAUACUUCGUACAAGUAUUAAUAGGCAAUAUAUCGAGAAGGGUUUAAUGAUUAAAAAAGAUAAUCUUGGUUCAAGAUUCGGUUACAGAUGGGAAAAAAAAAAUAUGUGUAUUAAAAAAAUCAUGAGCACCGGGGGUGCAGAGAGAAGUUUAGAAGCCUCGGAUGGUGCAUCAAACAUGACAGAAUGUAAUAAUUCUGUUUGGACAAGAAUUGAAAAUGUUUCAACUAACUGUGUUCAGCUUAAGUGCAUCUGUCAUUCAUUAGCAUUGUGCAUUUAA